AUGUGCACGUCUGAGCACCGGUCAAUCCCUCUGUCAUUGGAAGCAAACGUCCAUGAAGCAAGCACAGAGGCGCCUCAAGUUGUGGUGACACGCGAGCGAGGCAAAAAUGUAAAACUGAUGAAGAGCCUCCAGCAGAGGGGUAUAUCUGUACUGGAGCUUCCCUUGGUAGAGACUGCUGUGGGCCCAGACAGAUCAGAGUUGCCAGAUGCAUUGACUGCCGGCGACCAUGACUGGGUCAUUGUGACCUCUCCAGAGUCUGCCUCUGUCUUCUUGCAAGGCUGGAGGGAAGCUGACAAGCCACAGGUCAGGCUUGCUGUGGUUGGAUCUGGCACAGGAGUAGUCAUUGAAGCUGCAGGAGAAGCAGACUUGCCGGUUGCAUUCACUCCCAGCAAGGCAAAUGCUGAGCAUUUAUCUGCGGAGCUGCCCUUGGAAGGAGAAGGGAGAGUGCUCUAUCCUGCUUCUGCCAAAGCUGGUGCUGGCCUUCAGGAAGGGCUGGAGGCUCGAGGCUUCAGCGUGAGGAGGCUCAACACGUACAACACAGUACCGGUGCAGUCAUUGCCUGCUGCAGACGUGGAGGCUGCAAAGCAAGCCAGAGUCGUGGCAUUUGCGUCGCCGUCAGCUGUCAAAGCUUGGCUGGCAUGCGUAGGCGAUCAGGAGUCCGCUGAUGUGGCCAUUGCCUGUAUAGGGAGCACAUCAGCCAGGGCAGCAGAGAAGUUGGGUCUGAAGCGCAUUUACUACCCCGACAGUCCUGGCUUGGAAGGCUUUGUGGUGUCCAUUGUGGAAGCCCUGGAAGCUGCUGAGCCCUCUGCAGCACUUGCUUGA